UCCAGCCCCUCCUCAACCUUCCCAACCUUCUGGUGUGUACACCACUCUCCCACGGCACUACUCACUACUCCAACACACACACACACACAUACCCAUUCUCACACACACACACGUGCGGUUGAACCCGAGCGAGCAGCAUGAAGACUGGGGUGGCUGCCCUGGUCGGGGGCAUCGUGGGGGGGCUGGGGGUGCUCUGCUUCCUGGUGGCUUUCGGCACGGAUUACUGGCUCCUGGCAAGCGACGACUGCGGAGGCCGCCACACGUCGCCGGGGACUACAACACCCAACACCAGCGCCGCCACCCACGUUACCCCGACCAACAUCUCGGAGUCUGUGGAGGUGGUGGUUACAGAACCAAGUAACCAAGUAACUCUCCAUCAUGAGGGAUUCUUCUGGCGCUGUGAGUUCCAAGCAGAACCCUCGAUGCAUGUGAUCCUGGCUGUGCUUUUCACUAAUCAGCCAGCUUCCAAAGUCUGUAUCCAUGGAUACCUUUUCCCGCUCCCGGUUGCCGUGGGGCCAGUUCCUCAUCCAAUGUAUGAUGCUACUGCAGUGUACCGUGGCUUCUGGACAGUCUUCAUCAUCCUAGCGUUGGUUGCGGGGCUGAUAGGUGGCUUUCUGUUGGUGUGUGCCGUUCCCUUCACCAGCCAUAAGCUCUACAGGCUGGGAGGGAUCUUCCUCAUUACUGCAGCCAGUCUCUUCCUGGUCCUGGUCGUGUUGUUUGUGCUGUGGAAGGAGCUGGUGGACAUGCGUGGCUACAUCCUCCAGGACAGGGGCAUGGACUGCCUGGACGUCCAGCCCGAGGCUCACUACGGCUGGUCCUUCAUGAUAGCCACCGCCGGCAUUCCCCUGGCCCUCCUGUCUGGCUUGCUCUUCUUCUUCACGGGCAGGCAUCUACAGAGGGCCAAAUAAGACUAGCAUAGCAAGCAACAUUAGCACACCGUAAGAUCUUUAAUACAGUUUGAAUGUGUGUUUUUUUUUACACCUUUUCUAGAUGUUGGAAGAGAAAUACAACUAAUGGAAGAUACUGGGGUUACACUUGGAGACUGUAUCGCUAGUUAUUUUGCAUUCAAAUUCCACUGGACUCCACCUGAUUUCAAAGGUGUUUGGCACCAACGUGGCUUGAUUGACAUAAGGCCUUGGAGAGGUGGGACUAAUAGGAGAGUUCCGCAGAAGAGACCCGCAGUGUUCCGUAAGAGUGUGCAGCACACAGGGGGUUCCGGAACAAUAACACAAUGUUGCAGCAUCUCUGAGUUUUCAGCUACUGAGCCCAUUCAAAAACAAACAAUAGCCAUUCUAUAUUAGAGCCGCCAUUAGGCCAGUAGGGAAAUGACUCUGCAUAGAGUCUGGCCGUUUCAAAGCGAGAGCACAUUGUUUAGGUUCCUCUUGGGUUUUUUGUAAAUGUUCCACACGGAACGUUUAACAAAUCUUUUGUUGACGGGAAAGGUUACUCAGAGCCUACAGGAGUCCUUUGGGUAAGAAAAAGAAAGAAAGUGAAUGUUGCAAUCUGCACUUCAAGAACCUCUUUAUUGUUGACGUGUCCCUGGAAAAAAAUACAGUUCUGUGUUUUCAUUGGCUUCAAUGCACUUUUUUGAGGGAUGCAUAUGUGAAAUAUAUACACUAUUAAAGGUAUAUCUAUUUUUGAUGGGUGACACUG